GCCGUCCGAUGUGACGCUGAGGAGCAACGGCUUGAUCGCAUUCACGUCAACUCAGAUGCAAGAGCCUCCGCUCUGCGUUUCAUCAGGGUUGUGUCGUAACAGCCUGGUUCCCUGCAAGAAGAACAGGCGUCUUGGUGUGGUCCUCGUUGGGGUCGCCUUCUGUCAGCUUGUCCUCCGUGCCACAGGAUACAGGGAGCCUCCAAUCAGCGACCAACAGGAAACCGGGGGGGGGGGGCAUGGUGACACAGACACAUGAAGAACCACACGCAGCUUCACCCAGAACUUUAUAGGUGUCUGCCAAAGCCGGGAGAGAAUGGAGGCGUACGGCGUGGUGAAAGACUCUGUACAGCAGAUGAACAGCAGGACCAGUUCAGUUACUUCACCGCCAAUGUGCUCUCCAGAAACCCUCUGCAAAUCCGCCCUUCCCACAGCCACAGAAGCGGCAUUGGAAGACGAGGAAACACCACUGCCAGAGACCUUGGAGACCCAGGACACCAUGAAGCAGUUCCUUUUUGAUCGUAUACUGAAAGCAGCACGGUCAGUGUAUAACGCCUUGAUUGAUCGCAGCCCUGGACUGAUCAGAGACAGGAAAUACCAUCUAAAGAAUUACAGGCAGUGUGUCACAGGAAAGGAACUUGUUGAUUGGCUUUUGAAGCUGAACUGCUGCGUUCAGUCACGGAGCCAGGCAGUGGGCCUUUGGCAGGUGUUGAUGGAUGAAAAAAUUCUUGUUCAUGUGAAGCACGAGUUGAACUUCCAAGACAGAGAAUACCAGUUCUACCGAUUCCUUGAUGUGGAGCUUGGCCUGAAUCGCAUGAAUAAUGAGAAGGACUCAGAGGAGGAACUUCAAGAGAGCCUGUUGCUGUUGGGCCAGUUGGGCCCUGAUGCCCUCCUCAACAUGAUACUACGCAAAUGCCCUAGCCAGAGAACUGCUGAGGAUGUGGAAGUGAUUUAUGAGGAGUUGCUUCAUAUCAAGGCAGUUGCACAUCUGUCCAGCUCUGUGAGGAAAGAAUUGGCAGCUGUAUUGGUGUUUGAAUCCCAUGCCAAAGCGGGAACCGUCUUGUUCAGCCAAGGAGACAAGGGGACUUCCUGGUAUAUUAUCUGGAAGGGCUCUGUCAACGUAGUCACACAUGGGAAGGGUCUAGUGACCACAUUGCAUGAAGGUGACGAUUUUGGACAACUGGCCCUGGUGAAUGAUGCACCCCGAGCUGCCACUAUCAUUCUGCGGGAGGACAACUGCCAUUUCCUGCGCGUGGACAAGCAAGACUUCAUACACAUUCUCAAGGAUGUUGAGGCUAAUACGGUGCGCCUUGAGGAACACGGGAGGGUUGUGCUGGUGCUGGAGAAGAGUUGUAGAAAUGAAUCAGCCAGUCAAGGAUCAUCAGGAAACGGCAAUAAGUACACAGUAAUGUCGGGAACCCCAGAGAAAAUCCUGGAGCACGUGCUGGAGUCUGUAAAGUUGGAUGCCAGCAGCAACGACCCCGUAGAUGCCAUUGUGAGUGAUUUCCUCCUAACGCACAGAGUCUUCAUGCCCUCCAGCCAACUGUGUGCAGCCUUACAGCAUUAUUACCAUGCGGAGCCAUCCGAGGGAUCGGAGCUGGAGAAGGCAGCCUACUCUCUGAACAAGAAGCAGAAGAUUGUUCGUCUGGUGGUCCAGUGGGUGCUGCUGUACGGCCUGUUGCUCAAGGAUGACCCCCCAGUGCUGGAAUUCCUGGAGAGGCUGAAGGCAGAGGUGGCGGCUGACUCGCGGUUUGCCAGCAUGCUGAAGGAACAGCUGCGGGACAAGAGGAGGACCAGAGCUCUUGAAAAUGGAUACCAAACACUGACAAAGAUCAACCAGCAGUUUGACUGGUUCUCUCAUCACGAGGAACCGUUUGGAAGAAGUCAGCCAAUAACGGCAGAUGAUAAAGUGCUAUAUGAGAUCUUCCGUCCAGACCACACGUCCAUCACGCUAAUGCUUCCGGUCAACACCUCUGUGCAAGGGUUAAUAUCUUCCUUGGUCGAUCCAGGGGGAGAACAUGUCCUUGUCAAGAUGAACUCAGCAGGAGACAGAGUCCAGCUCAAACUGGAUGCUACAGCAGUCUUCACCUCUCUGGGGCUCAAUGAGAGACUGUUCAUCUGUACCGCGAGUCAAGUUGAGCAGCUGACACCGCUGAAGGAGCAGCUGGGCCCAGAACAAGGCACCAUGGACUCCCUGGAGCAGAUGAGCUCCAAGGACAUCGCCAGCCAGCUGAGCGACUAUGACUGGGAGCUGUUUGGGACCAUGCCGGAGGUUGAGCUCGUCUACUACGUGUUCGGAAGGCACAAGUUCCCUGGCGCCACUACAGCCAACCUGGAGCGCUUCGUCAGGCGCUUUAAUGAAGUGCAGUACUGGGUGGUGACAGAAAUGUGCUUGUGCGCCGAUCUCAAACGUGCCCUGCUGCUCAAAAAGUUCAUCAAGAUGGCCACCAUCUUAAAGGAGCAGAAGAACCUCAACUCUUUCUUUGCUGUGAUGUUUGGGCUCAGCAACUGUGCGGUACAGAGGCUCUCCAAAACAUGGGAGAGGAUACCAAAUAAGAUGAGAAGGAUCUAUUGUGCCUAUGAAAGACUAAUGGAUCCCUCUCGCAAUCACAGAGCAUACAGGCUUGCUGUUGCCAAACUGAAUCCACCAUACAUCCCUUUCAUGCCUCUUCUGCUCAAAGACAUGACUUUCAUUCAUGAAGGCAACAACAACUACACUGAAAAUCUUGUAAAUUUUGAGAAAAUGCGCAUGAUUGCCAAGACUGUGAAAACAGUGAGAGAGUGCAGAAGCCAGCCUUACAUUCCUUCGUCACCACAGAGGAGCUUGGCAGAUCGGAUGUUUCUGGAUGCUCCUCCUGUCCGAAUAUCCACAUACUCCGAACAGUCACUUUCGAUGCGCAGUCCCACUACUGUGCGCCAGUACGUUCAGAACCUACAAGUUAUCGACAACCAGCGAAAACUGACACAGCUGUCCAGGGCUGUGGAGCAUUAGUAGUCAGAGGCCCCUCUGGUUCCUGACCCUGCAAGCAAGAGACCACUACUGUGCCUGUCAUUCAACCACACAAGAUCCCAAGGCCCAGCCAUAUGCCUUGGCACAAACAGGGGGAUUCUAGGAUUCCCAAGGGCUUGUUCAGUAUGCUGCAGAAAACCCUACAUCCAAAGCUGCCCAGUCAUGUGAUGGAGUGGAGACCAAACAUUUGUUAAAGACUGGGGGAGCCUUUUGCCCUACUGUGCUCCGCUGCUACCUGCUAUUGAAUUUCAAGAUUGUGAGCAGCAGUCUAAAGCUGUACUCGGCUCCAUAGCUGAGUUCUUACAACCAUUGGAGCAAUGAGGUCAGUCAGUAAUGGUUUCUUUCCACUGAGGGCUAGCAUGUGCAAGACAAAAGAUGAAUGCGUUGUGUAAUGUGACAAAGUAAAUUUACAUGUAUAU